GCAGUGUGUAUCAACUGCGGAAGUGCGUAGAGCCGUUCCAACGUUUGCAACUGCUACACGACGGAUCUGUUUAUUAUAUUUCAGUUCCGGAUAAACCUCCGUUAGGAUGUCAGGUUUCGAGAAUAACUUUGACUACCCAGUAGACGUCAACCCUUUUCAGGAUCCAUCUGUCACACAGGUGACUCAUCCUGGAGUGGAUCAUGUGCAGCAAUACCAGCCUUUCCCUGGCAACGACUCUGAAGGCACCACUAUCCCAGCCUCUACCGUCCCGUCCCAGCCUGCUGUGCUGCAGCCUUCUUUGGAGCCCAGCCCUCAGGCAGCUGCAGCCACAGGCCAGGCCAAUCUGCUGAGACAGCAGGAGGAGCUGGAGAGGAAAGCAGCCGAGCUCGAGCGCAGAGAACAGGAGCUACAGACCAGAGAGCGAGUUACAGGCAAAGAGAACAACUGGCCCCCAUUGCCCAAAGUAUUCCCCAUAAAGCCAUGCUUCUACCAGGACUUCUCAGAGGAAAUUCCAGAGCAGCACAGACGUCUCUGCAAAAUGAUGUAUUACCUGUGGAUGCUGUAUUGUGUGACACUGUUUUUAAACGUACUGGCGUGUCUGGCGUACUUCACGGUUAAAGCCGAUUACGGAGUGGAUUUUGGCCUCUCCAUUCUGUGGUUCAUCCUCUUCACCCCCUGCUCUUUCCUCUGCUGGUUCCGGCCCGUCUACAAGGCUUUCAAGUCCGACAGCUCCUUCAGUUUCUUUUCCUUCUUCUUUAUCUUCUUUUCCCAAGUUGUGGUGAUGAUUAUUCAGUCUGUCGGUAUACCCCGAUGGGGCAACAGCGGUUGGAUUUCGGCUCUCACGGAGAUCAGCGGCCACCUGGCGGUGAGCGCAGUAAUGAUGGUGGUCGCAGUGUUCUUCACCGUGUGCGCCGUGCUGUCGGUCAUCCUUCUUAAAAUGGUUCACUCUCAUUACCGCCACACCGGUGCGAGCUUCCAGAAAGCGCAGCAGGAGUUUUCUCAGGGCGUGCUCACCAAUCGCACGUUCCAGACGGCAGCGGCGAGCGCGGCCACGUCAGCAGCCCAGAGUUCCCUCCAGAGGAACUGAAACUCGGCAGAGAACAGCCCGAAUCCCCUCAGAGCCACAGCGCCGAAGCGCACGCCUGUGCAGGCUGUGCCGCUCCCCCGUAACGCUUUGGCCUUCAGACUGCAGUCAACACUUUGGGAGUUCACAUAUAGAGUAUGUGAAGCUGAGGGGGUGGAGUUGCAGCACUCAGUAACAUGUCUGUAUGUUUGUAUGUAUGCUUUCAGUUUGAAUGGGUAUUGUGAUAGAUAUAUAUAUAUAUAUGUUGUUGUUGUUGUUUGUUUUGUUUUUUUUGCCGAAAACUAAAUUAAUAAUUAGUCAUGUUGGUGAAGGGACAACAGAAUGAACAAUGAACAGACUUUUCUCCUAAGUGAUGUCCGCUUAUCUGGGAUCGUUUGCUUUCAUUUGGCUAAUAAGUUGUGCUUGGAGCUUUAAUUAGUAACGCCUCCGAACAGUGGACUUGUUGUGCCUUGCAAGUUCAGCCUUUAUUGUAUUCAUUUCUUACAUUCUGUCCAAGUGCCAUUCAUUCUUGGGGGAAAAACAAACAAACAAACAAAUUUAAGGGGAACUGUUGCAUUCGUUCAAGAGUCAAAUGUACAGAUGAAUGAAUUAUUCUAAAACAGCACUGGAAUUGUAAAGUUCGACCGUAUUUCACGUAGCGAGUCGGUCUGAUGUUCGAGUCAAAAUAAAAGACGGCUAAUUUUUGUAUACCGCAUGAUGAAGGAUAAAUAUCCGAACGCUGGUGUCUGAUCUCUGCCUUGCCUGUAAAUAUAUGAAAAGAUUGAAAUAUUAUCUAACGUUGAUUUAAUAGUGGCCUUUUUGAGUUUGAUUACGCUUCUCGGAAGAAAAAAAAAUCUUAGCAUGUUUGAAUUUUCUAAGCAGAAAAUGUUUUUUUUUUUUUUUUGCACCUUAAGGAUUGGAUUCAUAAAUAAAAUGAACAGUAACAGGUUUUGUGAAAUUUAUAAAA